AUGAGAGCUCUGAGCUCGCAAUUGGUGCUACUCGAUCUCCAGACCUCAUGGCACUCGGCCAACCAAAUCCCCAUCUCCACCCUCUGCUAUCUCCACACCUCCAAACUCUCCUCCUCAUUUCGUCGGACACGUGGCGCGCACAAGUCAAUCGCUUCGUCCCGACACUCCUCCACCUCGCCGGCGCCGGAGAUUCGCCGCCCCUCGGAUCGGUUCUUCUCCGGUAACUCUCCGUCUUCGAGUUCCGGGAGCUCGGCGUCCACGUCGCGGACGGAGAUGGAGAUGUUUCUGGAGCUGCUGCCGGAGAGGAUGAAGAGCGAGCUGUACAGGCAUGAGGAGAUCGGGAAGCUCAUUGAGGUUGUGAUGGAUUUGGGGCGGCCUCCGAUCGCGAGGUUUCCGACCGGUGAUUGGGUGAUCUCGGAGACUCCGGUCAGCCAUGAAGAUCUCCGGCUCGCUGUUUCUAAGGUUAGUGAGUUUUCGGAUGAUAACCGUUCUGGAAUUAAUAACUCGUUACAUCGUAUUAGUGCUAUUCGAAACCGAAAGCUGCAAAUCAUUGGACUUACUUGCCGGGUGGGGAGAGCGGUGUCAGGGAGUGCCGAGGUCAUCCGCGACUUGGUUGAGGGUGGAGGUUCAAUCUUGGUGAUAGGACCUCCCGGAGUUGGCAAGACGACCUUGAUCAGAGAAAUUGCUAGAAUGUUGGCAGAUGAGCAUAUGAAGCGUGUGGUAAUAGUGGAUACAUCUAAUGAGAUUGGAGGAGAUGGAGAUGUUCCGCAUGCAGGAAUAGGCCGUGCAAGGAGGAUGCAAGUUCCUAAUGUCAACAUGCAGCAUAAUAUUAUGAUUGAAGCAGUUGAAAAUCAUAUGCCUCAAACCAUUAUAAUAGAUGAAAUUGGGACAGAGCUUGAAGCAUUGGCUGCCAGCACUAUUGCCCAAAGAGGAGUUCAACUAGUUGGAACUGCACAUGGAAUGACAAUAGACAACAUCAUAAAGAAUCCUUCUUUACAAAUCCUUGUUGGUGGCAUAGAGAGUGUGACCCUGGGAGAUGAAGAAGCGAGAAAGAGGAAAGUUCAAAAGACAAUUCUUGAAAGAAAGGGGCCUCCUACAUUUACAUGUGCUGUUGAGAUCAUAUCUAAAACAGAAUUUCGUGUUCAUCACAGAUUAGAUGCAACAGUUGAUGCUAUACUAGCUGGGAAAUCUCCUUUGUUUGAAGUUCGUCGUAUUGAUGCUGAUGCUGAUGACUCUUGCAUGCCUACUCAAAUCUCUGAACACAACUAUCUGAAAGCAUCAGAUUUUGUUGUUACUACAGACAUAGUUGCUAGUGUUUUGGAGUCUGACGAGGAAGAUCUAGAUCCUCCACCCAAUGUGUCUAGAAGAUUGAGCAGUGAUAAAUCUGCGAAGAAGAGAAGUUCACCAGUGUGUAUAUAUACAUACAAGAUCCUUGAAGCUGACCUACUGCAAGUAGCAAAGGUAAUGGGGCUUGAGGAUGAAAUUGAGGUAUCUGAUGAUAUUGGAACAGCAGAUGCAAUUAUAGCAUCAAGUGCUGAAAUGAAGCAAAACCCAUGGAUCCGUAGUGUAGCAAAAUUUCACCAGUUGCCUGUAUUUGUCAUGAAGUCAAAUACCAUGGCUCAAAUCGUGAAGGCAGUUCGUAUGAUUCUUGAAAUGGAAUCAGUUGGCUCUUUGCCAAAGCAGCUUGUCAAUAAUUCCUUUGACAUUGAAAUUGAAGAUGAUGCACCCAAAAGAAAACCAUCUUUAGAAGAGAUCGAUGCAUUGGAGGAGGUUCGACUUGCAAUCGAGUAUAUUGUAAUUCCUGGUGGAGAGGCAGUAGAGCUCCUUCCAAGAUGCUCCGAAAUAAUUGCUAGACAGCUGGAACUGGUGGAAAGUUAUCAGUUGGCAGCUGAAAAUUCAGGCACUAAGCGCAAUCCGAGGUUGCAGAUUCUUCCCAUGAGGAUAAACAAGAAGAGUUCAUCAAAACCUGUAAAAUCCGGUUCUAUAAAAUCGACCAACUCUAAAUCACUAACUGGUGGGGGUGGUGGUAGCAGUGUUACUAGGCUCCCCCUUUUAUCAGAACAAUAGAAGUAGGGAUGAAAAGCCUGAAAGUUGAUCACACUUCAAUCACUUGUUGAUACCUGUGCCAUUUCAUGUACAG